UUUAUACACAAUGGAACUGAAAACUAUACAAUGGUGACAGAGUUUAUCAUUUUGGGGUUCACAGAAGAUCCUACACUUUGUUCCAUCUUCUUUGUGGUCUUCCUAGGGAUCUAUGUUAUUACUAUAUUGGGCAAUACAAGCAUAAUCAUGUUAAUUCGAAGAAGCCCUCAGCUUCACACCCCAAUGUACCUCUUCCUCAGCCAUUUGGCCUUUGUGGACAUUGGGUACUCCACGAAAGUCACACCUGUCAUGAUUGUCAGUUUCCUGAGAGAGAGAACUACUAUUCCUGUUGCUGGCUGCAUAGCCCAGCUUGGCUCUGAUGUCGUUUUUGGGACAGCUGAGUGCUUCCUGUUGGCUGCCAUGGCCUACGACCGCUAUGUGGCCAUCUGCUCACCCCUGCUCUACUCCACCCACAUGUCUCCCACUGUCUGCAUCAUUUUAUUGGUGGCUUCCUAUCUGGGUGGAAUCAUGAAUGCUUCAUCAUUUACCAGCUGUUUAUUGAGCCUGACUUUCUGUGGACCAAAUACAAUCAACCAUUUCUUCUGUGACCUCCCACCACUAGUAAAGCUUUCUUGUACCCAUAUUUACAUUGCUGAAAUAUCUCCUGCCAUCUCAGCUGGGUCAAUCAUUGUAAUCACACUGUUCACCAUCAGUGUUUCAUACCUGUAUAUUCUCCAUUCCAUCCUGAGGAUGCGUUCUACUGAGGGAAGGCACAAGGCCUUCUCUACAUGCACUUCCCAUCUCACUGCAGUCACUUUGUUUUAUGGGACAGUCACAUUUGUUUAUGUUAUACCCAAGUCAAGUCAUUCACCCGACCAUAUUAAAGUAGUGUCUGUGUUCUAUACAGUCGUGAUCCCCAUGUUGAACCCCCUGAUCUACAGUCUGAGGAAUAAGGAGGUAAAAGAGGCCAUGAAGAAAUUGAUGGUAAAAACACAUUCCUAA